AUGUUGUAUUUUGAAUCGAAAAUCAAAGAUGUGGACAGAACAAAUUAUUACUACGGGACAGUGAACAAAAAUGACAAAGACGACGAGGAUAUGGAAGCGGAGUUAACUGAAACCUUUGUAGAAGAAAUAAAAUCGACUAACAUUGUAAACUCAUAUGACAGUUGCGUGACGGAAGUGAACGAUUUUCAAAAAAUAUACAAUGACAGAGAAGUGUGCAAUACAACGGUGGUUAAAGUCGAAGUCGAUUUAGUAGAUGGAGAUUAUUACGAAUCCUUGAUUGAAGUUGAAGAAAAUAAUCCUUUGGGUUUGCAAACGACCGACUACAAUUUGGAAAAAAUACAGCAAUUUUUCUGUAAUAUAUGUAAGAAGUCUUUUAACGCCAAAUGGAAAAUGGUCCAACACAUAACUCGAUCACAUAGUGUAUCUUCUUCGACCCAGAAAAGCACUAAAAAUCAGAUCAUCAAUAAAAAUAUUAUGGUAAAUAACAAAAUCAAUGGUUGUCAUGUUAAACCUUGGACAGAAAAAGAAUACAAAAACCAAAUAGCACCAAACGAUAACAACUCGGGACGUAAACCAUACAAAUGUACUGUUUGUUCAAAGUCAUGUUAUUCAAAUGCAGACCUCAUAAAACAUAAUCGCGUGCACACUGGAGAGAAGCCCUUCCAGUGUUUGACAUGUUUAAAAUCGUUUACUGAAAAAUCCACACUUACAAAACACCACAAACAAAUCCACUUGGGUGAAAGACCAUACCAAUGUGCUGUUUGCUUAAAGUCAUUUUAUUCAAAAUUAAACUUCACAAAGCAUAAACGCCUGCACACUUAUGAAAAAUCCACUCUCAAGGGACACGAGCGCGUGCACACUGGAGAUAAACUUAAUGAAUGUGCUGUUUGUUUAAAUGUAAUUUCUUCACACUCGGACAUGACAAAUCAUAAACGCGUGCACGCUGGAAAAAAGCAUAUCGAAUGUGCGGUGUGCUCAAAAUCGUUUUCGCAAAAAGCCAUUCUCACUAGACCCUAUAAGUGUACUGUUUGCCCAAUAGCAUUUUUUCGAAAAGACCACCUCAUAAAUCACGAACGAGUACACACUGGCGAAACCCCCUAUAGUUGUACUGAAUGUUCAAAAUCAUUUUCCCAAAAGUCAAACCUCACUAGACACAAACGAGUGCACACUGGCGAAACCUAUAGUUGUGCCGAAUGUUCAAAAUCUUUUUCUCAAAAAUCAUCACUCGCUAAACACAAAAAACGCAUUCACACUGAUGAAAAGCCCAGCUACAGAUGUGCUGUAUGAUUAAAGUCAUUUUAUGAAAAAUCCACUCUCGCCAAACACGAACUCGCGCACAAAGGACAACAGCUAUAUAUUUGUGAUGUUUGUUUAAAAAUCAGACCUCGCCAAACACACGAGUACACACUGGUGAAAAGUUCUACUAAUGUACAGUCUGCUCGAAGUCGUUUUCUUCAAAAACGAUCCUCAAGA